UCAGGCCUUCCUUUUCGCUUUCUUGCGGCUGCCCCUUCUUGCGAAGGGCUUUGCUCGACCAGCCUUCUCAGCCUUGUUCUGCAACAGCAACAGAGCUGUCCCAAGUGUGACAUCGGUCAGUCUGAGGCUGGCGGGAACAGAUGCAAACUGCCUCUUAUGCGCAACAUACACCCCGUAUCGUGAGACACCUGACGGAGAAAGGACCAAGGACAGAUAAAGCCUUGCUGUAUCUUUCUCUUUACGCACCUAUCCUAAUCGGUUGGCCAGUCAUUGGAUGGCUGCCCAGCUCCGCCGGAAGUUUAAGGAGCAAAAGGGCUUCGUCAAGAGUCACAGUAUUGCACCAUUGUGUUGGAAGUGCGCUACGCUGUGGCUUGUUGCGUUUCCUUGCAGAAGAGGCCCGGGAGCUGGCGGUCGUAUUAAUGUCGAGCUGCACGUACCGUCCGUACGGCCCGACCCGCACAGAAACAAAUCCACCUGUACAAUUCAAUGCAAUUGCAAAUCAAAAACUAUUUAUUCAGUGGAUGGGCUGAGAUUCGUCGUUCCCACACGCACCUGUUUCUGGGUCUCGGCCGAGUACGGUGCCCGAGAUGUUCCCCUCCCCAGCUGUGGCCGUCCCGCCUGCAGAAACGUCACCCUCGGUGUCGGCUCGCCGGUUUGGCUCCUUCAGGUAGUCGCACUGCGGAUAGUUAGAGCACCCGACGAAGGCACCAUGCUUUCCAAGACGAAGGCCGAGGUUCCCCUUCCCGCACUUGGGGCAAGGGGGAGCAGUGCCGUUCACGGUUGAUGAUGCAGAAAGAUCGGAUGCAGCGUCAGCAUUAAAGAGGAAGAAGUAGAGGUCGCUCGUUAGCUGGUCUCUGAUGCGGCCGGGGUCCAGACGGAGGGCAGCCUCCACCGUGGGCUUGAAGUCAUGCCAGAACUCGCACAGCACGGCCUCCAACCCUUUGCGAGUUGUGGCGAUGAGGUCCAAAUCACGCUCGAGCUGAUUCAUUCAUGCACACAAAUGGCGAAUCCGAUGCCAGCCGAUGUGUGACUCUUAUUGCUACUAUUGGACCUACAUUGGCUGUGAAGUUUAUGGCCACGUAUCGGGGACAGUAGCGUUUGAGAAAGGCAGUCACCAAACGGCCCCUGUGGACGAUUCGAAGAAAAAGAAGUGUACAUUCGAUGCCACUCAGGGCCAAUUCUACCUUGGUUCAGCAAAGAGCAUCCGUCGAGUCUUUGAGACGUAGCCACGGUCAAACAGUGUUGAUAUUAUGCCUGCCAGCGUGCACAACACGACAAGCGGGGAAGCUGUUACGGAGUUGACGCAAAUUGCCUACUCGCAUAGGUGGAAGGCCGCCCAAUUCCAUGAGCCUCAAGGUGUUUCACAAGCGACGCUUCAGAGUAACGAGGAGGGGGCUUUGUCCAAUGCUCAGUCGAAUUCAACUCGCUCAUGCUGACCGCCUCUCCAGCCGCCAGGACACCAACCAGAGCCCAGCUGCCGUUCGAGAAGUCACUCGCCUGAUAACGAUCGGAAGCAGACCAUGGCGAGCAUUCUCGCGGUCACGUAGGUACGCACCGACCCACCAGUAUCAGACUCUUCGUGUUGCUGCUCCCUUUCGACUGCGCUCCCUGCCCUUCGUCAUCCACCAUGUCAGCGCCCCGACGGCUGCCUUCCUGAUAGACUCUCAGAAAGCCGUCAAAUGCCAGUGAUGAGCCACUCGCCCUGAAAGCAUUCGGCGUGGCUUGCUGUCGCAAUUGUCCUUUUCGCCUUCCUCGCGGCUUGACUAGGCCCUCGGUGUGGCGCUGGAUGGCCUCUUGCGGAGAAGCGAAAUCCGAUGUGUCACACACAUCUAUCAUCAGCUGGUCGUAUGCUGCGCUGCUCAUCUGGAGAGGAAAUGGACAGAAUGACAAAGAAGGACAUUAGCCAAGAACCCGAAUUCUCGAUUGAAAGCCUGACCUGUGAUGCAAUGGUCCGUUUCCAGAUGAGAUCGUACAGUUUGAGCUCAUCGCCCGCGUAGACUCCUCGAGCGCCAACGUCAUCCGCAGUCAAGCUGAGAACAAAGUGCGAGGAGGGAGGUAGUGAGUAGGCAGGUGAGCCAGACACAGACUUGUGGUGCAAUUUACGUCAUUUCCGUUGGCCUGAUGGCCUCGUGUGCUUCUUGUGCAUUCUUUGUUCUAGUAGUGUAGCGUUUUGCUCGACGAGGGACGUAUGAGGCACCGUAUUUCCGCUUCGCCAUCUCUCGUGAUGCUUGCACGGCCGCCUCGGACAUGGUCACGCCGUCGGUCCGCAUGUAUGUUAUUAGCCCUGGGCCGUCCCUUCCCUCGUAAAGGGCCUGCGCGAGCAAGCAUCAAGAGAGAAAAAUGAAUCGUGUCAAAUUAUGGUUAGUCGAUGCUCGGCUCGGCCACGUGGACCACGUACCUGCGCCAAUCUCAUGGUCUUCUUUACUGGAAAUCCAAGCUUUCGCGACGCUUCCUGCUGCAGUGUGGAAGUGGUGAAAGGAGGCGCUGGAGCACGAGACAGCCGGCCAGUCUCAACACUUGCAAUCUAAAUUGCCAAGUAGGCUCAAUAAUCAUCAACACCGUGCCAUUCCUCGGUCCUACUUACCACGUAGUUGCCAAUUCGAAGCUCAGACAGGGUCGCGGACACCUCAGAAUGGGUACUAAAAGUGACGCCACAUGUGCCAUUCGACUCGCUGCCCUGUCAUGACACAGGCCGAAGAAGGAAAUGUCAUUCUGCAGCCUUCAUUCGCACUCUCACUUACAUUGAAUCGCAGUAGUCGUGCAGAGAAGGAGGAUGGUUGCCCCUUUGAACUGGCGCCCUUGAAAGCAGCGACCUCAAACGUGGCCCCAACGGUCCAGUAUUGCUCGGGACAGAAGCGUUCGAUUUCCGCUUCUGAUAACACGAAAGCAGCAAUCUCGUGUGAGGGCAGUGACUUGAUUUCUUUCCGGUACCUCGUUCUGACACUAGUCUCAACGCGACAGAUUGUACUCGCCCUGCGGACCUGCUUCCGGGCAGCUUGCGCCACAAAACGGGGGAUAACUCAAAACCAACCUGUCUCAGGUAAAUCAGACAUGGCCAUCAAUAACGGACGCGAUUCAUUCCAGCCUAACCAAGUAGAGUCCUCACCAAAUAGUCCAGUGCCAAGCGGGCGAAAUAUGCAUCCACAAGCGCCUGAUCAAUUCUUCUUGGAUGUUUAAAGGCCUCCUGCACCGCCUCCUUUGUGAUUUCACAAAAAGAGACGCGGAAGAUCUCCUCAAGAUGGUCGUGGAAGCCCUUCUCUCGCAGCAUCUCCACCACAUGCCACGCGAUCGCCUCCCCCUCACGGUCAGGGUCGGUUGCAAGGUAGAGCCGCUUGGCCUUCUUGACGGCAGCCACAAUGUGUUGCAGCGUAGAGGGCCGAGCUGUUGCUGUCCACCUCAUGCGGAAGCCCUGCGUCGGAUCGACUGAGCCCUUCUUGGAGGGAAGCUGCCUUAUGUGCCCUUUGCUGGCCACGACGCAGAAGUCAUCUCCAAGGUAUCGCUGGAUUGUCCCUGCCUUUGCUGGCGACUCCACGACGACUACAUUAGGCUGAUGCUUCAU